AUGUCCUGGCUCAAGUUACACAACCCUACUAUAGAUUGGCCUAAUAAGCGUAUCACUUUCAAUUCUCAAUAUUGUAACAACACUUGUCUUUCUGUUUCUAAUUCUAUCCUGGGAAAUGUCGGUGGGACUUCUAACCACCUUGAAGGCAUACCAGAAGACUUAGGAGGUGUCGAGGUAAUUGAACCUCUUGAAGGCAUCCCUAGGGAAACUGGAGGUACUGUGGAUUAUCCACUUGAAAGUAUCCCAGUAGAACUGCGCAAUUUUGCGGAGGUAUUUUCUGAGGACAUGAAGGUGACGGAACUGCCGCCGCACCGUCCUUUUGAUUUAGGGAUUGAUUUAAUCGACCCUGAUAAACCUGUUAAGGCUAUGGUAUACCCCUUGAAGGCAUCUGAUGAUGAGGAACUUAGAAAACUCCUUAAAGAACAAUUGGACAAAGGAUUGAUUCGCCCAUCCAAGUCCAAAUAUGGUUCCCCAGUUCACUUUGUCAACAAGAAAAAUGGGAAAAGGCGUAUGGUUGUGGAUUAUAGAUCCCUAAAUGCAAAUACAGUCAAGAAUGCGUACCCUCUACCUCUAAUACAGUCUCUCAUUGAGAAACUUAGGGGCGCAAAAUACUUUUCCACCAUUGACCUGAAAUCCGGAUAUAACUUGGUCCGGAUAAAGGAAGGUGAUGAAUGGAAGACUGCGUUUAAAACCAAAUAUGGCCUGUUUGAAUACCUAGUCAUGCCCUUUGGAUUAUGCAAUGCUCCUGCUGCGUUUCAACACUUCAUGAAUGAGAUAUUUAGAGACAUACUGGACGUCUAUGUAGUAGUAUAUCUAGACGACAUCCUAAUAUUCUCAGAAAGCAGGGAAUUACAUACAAAACAUCUCCAAGAGGUACUGAAAAGGCUGCAAGACAAUGCAUGCUAUUGUAACCUGGAGAAGUGUAAUUUCUAUGCGUCGGAAGUAGAUUACCUUGGUGUCAUUGCCAAUGGUGAAGGAGUAAAAGCAGAUCCCAAGAAAAUCACUCAAGCGGUUGAUUGGGCAACACCGCGCUCUGUCAAAGGGGUUCAAGAGUUUUUGGGCUUUAUAAAUUUCUAUAGACGCUUCAUACAUAACUUCUCAAAAUUGGCACAACCCUUAUACCAAUUACUCCAAAAGAAUAUACCUUGGGAGUGGGGUGAACGCCAAGAAGUGUCUUUUAAAGCUCUCAAACAGGCUCUAAUUGAAUCCCCUGUUUUAAUCCAACCUGAUCCAUACAAGGAGUUUUUCCUUGAGUGUGACGCCUCUGACUUUGCAACGGGCGCUGUCCUUAAUCAAAAGGGCAGUGAUGAUAAAUUACACCCGGUUGCAUUCCUAUCAAAAUCCCUAGCACCUGCUGAAAGAAACUAUGAUAUCUUUGAUAAAGAGUUACUAGCAGUAACCAUAAAAAUCUGGAGUACUUCCAGACAAAAGGGAUCUGAACCAAAGGCAGUUAAGGUGGAUGGGAUUUUGGCAGAUUACAACUAUAGGAUUGUGUAUAGGCCGGGUGCACAGAAUAGAAAAGCAGAUAUUCUCUCUCGCCGUGAAGACCACAAGUCUGCGGUUAAAGGGGGGGGUGAAACCCCUGUGCUCAUAAGCCCAGAGCUUUUUAUUGCAGCCAUUCAAACAGAUAGUGACCUUAAUGAUUUAAUAAGGGACGCUCUGCAUGAUGAUAAAGCUGUACACAAAAUCCUUAAAUCCUUGGAAGAGGAUAUACCUGUUAAAGGAUGGAAGAUUGAUAAUGGCCUACUCUACUAUCAUGAUCGGAUCUAUGUCCCCAAUGAGCCAGAAAUCAGGAAAGCCGUCUUAGAAAGCAGGCAUGAUAACCCUUCCACUGGGCACCCAGGACAGUUCAGAACCCUAGACCUCCUUUCAAGGGAUUACUAUUGGUCAGGGAUGAAACAGUCUGUAACAAAAUAUGUCCAAGCAUGCGAUUCAUGCAUACGUAGUAAACAUUCCAACCGGGCUCCUGAAGGUCUCCUUCAAAACAUAGAUUUACCCAAUAAGCCCUGGGAGGAAAUAACAUAUGACUUGAUUGUAGGACUUCCCACCUCAGAAGGAUAUGAUGCAAUAUUAACCGUAGUGGACCGCUUAUCCAAAAUGGUCCAUUUCAUACCAACGCACUCUGAUGCAACUGCGGUUGAUGUUGCAAAUCUCUUUGUAUCUUUUGUAUGGAAGUUACAUGGGUUACCCAGGAAAACCAUCUCGGACCAAGGCCCCCAGUUCAAUGCAAAGUUCCUAAGACAAGUCUAUAAGCGGCUGGGGAUAGAACCACACUUCUCCACUGCAUACAGACCCCAAGUUGAUGGACAAAGUGAACGCUUAAACCAGUUUGUGGAAAUCUACCUACGCCACUAUAUCAACUAUAGGCAAACAGACUGGGUUGCAUCAUUACCACUUGCAGAAUUUUCAUACAACAAUGGGAAGCACUCAGGCUCCAAACACUCUCCCUUCUACAUGUGCUAUGGUUAUAACCCAGACUUUACAGUUGGGAACACCAAGGAAAGCCAUGUCCCUCAAGCCGAUGACCUAGCAGACUUCCUAAAAGAGAUCCAAGCUGAAGCUAAAGCUGCUUUAGAAAUUGCUGCAAGACAAAACGCACAAUACUAUGAUCUCAACAGAAGGGAAGCAACCAAGCUGGAAAUUGGUGAUAAAGUCUAUUUGAGUAGCGCCAACAUCAAAACUUCAAGGCCUUCCCAUAAGCUAGAACAUAAGCGAUUGGGGCCCUAUAAGGUCUUGGAGAAAAUUGGCAGGAACUCCUAUAAACUGGAUCUCCCUAAAUCCAUGAAAGUCCAUCCUGUCUUCAACAUUGCCUUAUUACACAAGAAGCCAGUAGACGAGUACAACCGUGAUCCAGUCCCACUCCCCCCAGUUGUCACAGCUGAUGGAGAAGAGGAAUAUACUGUUGAAAGGAUCCUAGACUCCAAGAAAGUGGGUCGGCAAGUCAAAUACUUGGUUAAAUGGAAAGGGUAUGGACCAGAGGAUAACACAUGGGAGCCCAAGGCCCACUUAGCCAAUGCCCCUGAAAAAUUGGCUAAGUUUCACCGUGAACAUCCAGAGGCAGCUGGACCUUAA